CUUCGUCAUUCUUCCUGCGCUUCGUGGUUGAGAGUCUCAAUUGCCGGCCAAUUUGUACUCGCAGCCUUCCCUUGCCAGACGGCUCACGGACCAGGCAGAAAGCCACAUCUUCUAGCCCGGCUAUUGAUAGUUCUGGAACGGUUAGACCCUUGUCGACUGUCGCAUACUGAUCGACCGCCGCUUUUUUCUUCCUUCCCUUCUCCCCCUUUGUUUCAACCACAACCGCCACGAUGCACGCCGAAAACCUCGAGCCCUUUCGCUACAUCCCCCUAUCAUACAACCAUGCCGACUCCCACGCCUCUGCGCUACGGCUCAUCCUGACACUCAACCCGCACUGGGAGGGACGGGACAACAAGAUCGAAUUCGUACGGUUCACGGAUGGUAUCACCAACACUCUUCUAAAAAUCAUCAAUCGCAAGCCCGGCUUGACCGAGGAGCAGAUAGAUCAUGAGGCUGUACUGAUGAGAGCGUACGGUAACCACACAGAGAUCCUCAUAGACCGCGAAAGAGAAACGAGCUCCCACGCUCUCCUUGCAAGCCAUGGCUUAGCCCCUCCUCUUCUGGCCCGCUUCAACAAUGGUCUCCUAUACCGCUUCAUCCGGGGCCGCCCAGCCAGCCAUGAGGACUUGGUAACGCCUUUUGUCUGGCGUGGUGUGGCCAGGAGACUUGCGCAGUGGCAUGCAGUGCUGCCCAUUAAGGGACCGGUCGCUCCCACCAAGCCAGUCGAGGACGUGCCCUUGAUGCAACAAGUAGACAUGGACACGACAGACUGCCGGAGAGUGAAGCAGGAGGAGGACAUCUCGAUGAUCACGCCCAAGCAGCCGGACCCGAGUAUGUGGAGCGUUCUCCAGCGAUGGAUCCUGGCGCUCCCCACGACCACAGAGGAGCAGCGCAAACGGAGACUCGGUCUGCAGAAGGAGCUUGAGCAGGUCGUUAGCGAACUAGAUGAUGAAAAGGGUCUCGGUGAAGGCGGGUUGGUAUUCUCUCACUGUGAUCUUCUCUGCGCCAAUGUCAUCGUGUUGCCCGAAAGCGCCGACUCGGACGAGGCCACCGUCAACUUCAUUGACUAUGAAUAUGCCACUCCCUCGCCUGCCGCCUUCGACAUUGUCAACCACUUUGCCGAAUGGGGUGGCUAUGACUGCGACUACAACAUGCUACCUACCCGAUCUGUGCGGCGCGAAUUCCUGACCGAAUACGUCCGGAGCUACAGCCACCACAAGGGAAUCCCAGAGUCUUCUCAGGGGGAAAUUGUGGAUCGUCUCUACGAGGAUGUCGAUCGGUUCCGCGGCAUUCCCGGAUUAUACUGGGGUGUCUGGUCACUCAUCCAAGCCCAAAUCUCACAAAUCGACUUCGACUAUGCAUCCUACGCCGAGGUCCGUCUCGGAGAAUACUACGCCUGGCGUCGGGAGAUGGACGGCUCGCGGGCACAAGCCAGUGAAGAGAUGCCUCUCCGGGAGCGACGUUGGGCUCAGGAAGCGUAGCUUGGCUGCAUCUCAUCCUGCCCGCAGUUGCUCCACUACCGCCACAAAAGUGUAUAUACCUUGGAUUUGCAAGCGAUGAUCGUUCCAGCGACAGCAUGAUUGGAGUCUGGCCAUCAGUCAGGGUUCAACAAAUAUCUUUGUUGAUGCGUGUGUGCGGAGUGGUAGCCAGCAGGCCAGUAUGAAUUAGAGCAUAGGUACAGGGAUGCAGAUGAAAGAAUGUGCUUAUUUCGACCACAUUGGUCUUUGAUACAUGGCUAUCCCGAUUCAUGUCUAUAGUUACAGUUAGUUAGUUAUUGAUUGAUAGAUAAUGUAAUCAACUUUGUGUUUAUGC